CCGCGUGGACAUCUGACCCCACGUCCAUAGGUGAGCAGCAGGAACUUCCCGCCAGUGCACGCUGAUUGUGGAUGGCACGGCGAAUGGCAAUAAAAUCCCUCAGUGGAAAUUGACAUUCCGCCUCAGAGUCUUCUUGCGCGUCCUGGGGUUCGCGGCAUUUGCACAGCACAAUCCCUCCGCGAUUUGAGUUCUGCAACGAUGUCACAAGUUUACAACCUGUUUGUUAUCAACAAGUCGGGAGGCCUAAUCUACUACAAGGACUUCGGUUCAACUGCAAAGCUUGAUACAAAUAACAGUCUCCAACUGGCGAGUGUAUGGCACUCUCUUCACGCCAUCUCCAUGGAGUUUUCACCCGUUCCGGAUUGCACCGGAAUCGAGUUCCUGGAAGCUGAUAAUUUCGACUUGCAUUGUUUUCAGACUCUGACAGGGACGAAGUUCUUCGUGGUGACAGAGACGGGAGCAGUGGGAAUUGAUGGUCUGUUGAGGGUAGUAUACGAACUGUAUGCAGAUUAUGUCCUUAAAAACCCAUUUUACGAGGUGGAGAUGCCAAUCCGUUGCGAACUGUUUGAUUAUCACUUGAGUAAUCAUAUACGAGGGGGGAAGGACCGACCCACAGGUGGCUCCUUCCGGUAACUGGGAUCUGCUACUGGCAGAAAUCUGGCUGCACAUUCCUAUUCCUUCGCGAGAACCACUUUCACUUUGGGUUUUUCUACUCGUAUAUUCUUGGUACCUUUCUUUGAUUGUCUUCGGCCUCAUUUGUCAGCAAUCCCUGUGGUAGUGCGCAUGGAGAUUUGAUUUUUUUUCAGCUGCUGUGGCAGACAAAGAAGAAUGGUUUUCUCUCCUUUCCAAGGGAUUGAUUGAUUGAUUAUAAUUUUCCCAGGGUGCAAGAACACCUAUGCAUGUGAAAUAAAAAGGCUGCUUGGUG